GCGUGCGCGCUGCCGCCACCAUCACCACCACCACCUCCUCCUCCUCUACCGCUUCCGUCAUCAUGGCUCACUCCCCUGUGCAGCAGCCCGGCCUGCCGGGGAUGCAGAAUCUGAAAGCAGAUCCAGAAGAACUUUUUACAAAACUGGAGAAGAUUGGCAAAGGUUCAUUUGGUGAAGUUUUUAAGGGAAUAGACAAUCGAACUCAAAAAGUUGUCGCUAUUAAAAUUAUUGAUUUGGAAGAAGCUGAAGAUGAAAUAGAAGACAUUCAACAGGAAAUCACGGUGCUAAGUCAGUGUGACAGCCCCUAUGUUACCAAAUAUUACGGAUCCUAUUUAAAGGAUACAAAAUUAUGGAUUAUCAUGGAGUAUCUUGGUGGAGGUUCUGCUCUUGACCUAUUAGAACCUGGCUCUCUUGAUGAAAUCCAGAUUGCUACAAUAUUGAGAGAGAUUCUGAAAGGACUUGAUUACUUGCAUUCUGAAAAGAAAAUACAUAGAGAUAUUAAAGCUGCUAAUGUGCUGCUUUCAGAACAAGGAGAAGUAAAACUAGCAGACUUUGGUGUAGCGGGACAACUUACUGAUACACAAAUAAAGCGGAACACUUUUGUGGGAACACCAUUUUGGAUGGCACCAGAAGUAAUAAAGCAGUCAGCAUAUGACUCAAAGGCAGAUAUUUGGUCACUGGGCAUAACAGCCAUAGAACUUGCAAAAGGGGAGCCACCUCAUUCAGAACUGCAUCCGAUGAAAGUUUUGUUCCUGAUCCCAAAGAACAAUCCGCCAACAUUGGAAGGAAGCUACAGUAAACCACUGAAAGAGUUUGUCGAGGCCUGCUUGAACAAGGAUCCAAGCUUUAGACCCACGGCAAAAGAACUCCUGAAGCACAAAUUUAUAAUACGCAAUGCAAAGAAAACCUCUUAUUUGACGGAUCUCAUUGACAGGCAUAAAAGGUGGAAGGCUGAGCAGAACCACGAUAACUCCAGCUCUGAAGAUUCAGAUGGAGAAACAGAUGGCCAAGCCUCAGGUGGUAGCGAUUCAGGUGACUGGAUAUUCACCAUCCGAGAGAAAGAUCCCAAGAAUCUAGAGAAUGGAGCUACUCAGCUACACGAGUGGGAGAGAAACAAGGAAAAUACUAUUCAACGGCGGCCUUUGUCUCGGUGCUUAUCUACAAUUAUAUCACCAUUAUUCACAGAGCUGAAAGAAAGGAGUGAAGCGUGUGGGGGAAACAUGGGAUCCAUAGAAGAACUAAGGGAGGCUAUUUAUUUAGCCGAAGAAGCAUGUCCGGGCAUUUCAGAUACCAUGGUGACAGAGCUUGUACAAAGGCUUCAGAGGUAUUCGGUAACCGGAGGAAGUGCAUCAUCCCACUGAAGUAUUGUCUUCGCCAUGUUUGUUUAACAGUGGGCACCUGUUCUGAUGCUGGUCUGCCACGCAGUUGGUCAGUGGUGUGUUCUCCAGUAAACAGACAUUCUUGAAGGGGCAGCAACAGAAACGGGUGCCUCACCAAGGGCAUUGUGGCUCAGCUCUGUAUAGUUUUUUUAAAAGAAACAAUAAUGCACAUAUUCAAAGGAGGUAUCUUUUUAAAUCUCUGAGAUGUAUAUUUAGGAUUGCUGUUAGGAAACUGAAGCUGUUAUGAAAUCUCAGGUAUCUUGCUUUAAGUCAUUGGUCUUCAGCUGCUGGGCGAGGAUCUUUAAGUGGGACGCAUCCCAGCCUUUCAUGGGUGCACUAGUGUCAGCAAUGCCAUUUUCUUCUGGGGGAGAUGUUUAUUUUAAGGAGGGGGGGGAGUGAAAAAGAGGAAAGUUAAAAAGUGGGCUCUAUGUUACAAGUAGGUGUUAAAGAUGGGUCCCUUGUCCAAAAAGUUGAAGGCAACUGCUUUUAAGUCGAUAAAUCUGUGAACUGGAAACAUACGAUUGGCUCUGUCUGUGUAUAGAUUUGUAUAUAGUCACUUUUUUACUGAAACCGACUCAAUGUGCAUCUGGAAUCCCUCUGUACAAAUGGCCAAGCGCUUCUGUAGAUAAUGCUUGUGAGGUAAAUAUUUUGGCAGAUCACAAUUGAUUCCUGGCUUGCCUUUGUUACACGGACAUUUUGAAUUGUGUGACAAGAGGUUUGACUUGACCUUGUGUUUAUAGGUCAGAAUAACUAAAACCCUGCUGUAAAAGGUGCAGAGUUUCCUCUUGUUUUGUCAUAAUCUCGGGUUGGUUCUCUAAUCAUGGUACGACUUUGAUUAUUUUAAUUUACAGCAUCUUUUCCUUUGAAAUUGUUUAAUAUUUGUGUUCUUUGAGUGGCUUUUAUAUCUGUUGAAAAUUGUGCCAAUUCAAGGUUUGAGUUCCCCUUUGGUAGGUUUAUUUAAAGUUAGCUGCAAAACCCGACCAUCUUAUACAACUAAAGUAACAAGAAAAAUGUUUUGAAAUACCUCCUAGAAAAGUUGGCUGAAUAAUGGCAGUUUUGUAAGGCGCAUUGGUCUUAAAAUGAUGAUGGAGAAGAUGGUAAAAUGUGGUGCAUAUGAGAACGUACAAUCAUAUCUCCCUCUUGAACAAUCAUAAAUUUGGCUUCAGCUAUGCAUCCAGUAUCCUUUCUUGAGGAAGAAAAUGCUUGAUACAUCAUCAGGAGGACUUGAAAUAGAAAUUCUCGCUGCUGCUGUUUCUUCUGUUUAAUUUGAAUAUCUGUAUAUUUGGUUGUUGCUUCAUUUUGUGAUUCUUUGUUUGAACUUGGCCUGUGUUAAAAUGGGCAGAAAUAAGUACAGUGUUCAAGCUGGGGAAAUCUUUUUGUUGAUGCUGUAUAAUGAUCUGAUGGGGUGUUUUUCCUCUAAUAGAGCAAAUUUUGGUCAUAGCCAAUAUUUUUAGUAUUUCUGCACAGAAAUAUAUUUUAAUCUUCAAAAAAAUUAAAAAUGCAACAAUGGUCAAGUCCAUCUUCAUUUGGAAAGUUAGCCCUCUGGGCCCAAACAUUAGUGAUUAAACCUCUAAUGACAGGUUUGUUGUGUGAUGAUGACAGUCUCUUGAUAAAGCACUGAAAUGGACUAAUCAUAAGCAGGGGGCGCUGGAAACUUUUUGGCGAUGAUCCAUUACUGUAAGAAUAAAAAAUAGAACUUAA